UAUAUAAACGAAAAUAAGCAUUUUGCUAUUUUCUUCCUGGUCCAUAAAACAAAAAAGGCCCAAGACAAGACGCAGAGUUGGUGGUGGUCGAGAUCCGGCGUCGACGGGUCUCCUCCUCCUCCUCCAAUAACGAUGAUGAUGAAGAUUCCGAGCGGUGUUGUCGCUUCAGUCAUUGCCUUCUCCACCGCUGCUCUCUCUUCUUCUUCCUCCGCUAUUCCUCCGGUCUCCCCAAAGGGCUGGGAACCGAGGAAGACGGAGAAACUGGAGCCGAGGUUUGAUGGGUUGAGGUUCAUAGAGACGCUGGUCACAGCACACAGAUAGAUUCAUUAUGACUUUGGCCCGGGUGAUGCAAAAGCUUUAACACAAAGCGUGAGUGCUCUCACUUCGGGUCUUCCUCUCUUUGUCUUGUUGUCUUCUAUUUACCAAAACAGUCUUUCUUUUACAAUCUACAUUGUGUACUGAGAGUUGUUAUCAUUCUUUGUUGCCCCAUUUGCUUAAAGGGUUACGCUAAAUUGAGAGCAAUCGACUGCCAUUCAGUUUUGGUGUUUUAUAUUUUUAUUUA